AUCUUCGCUCUCGGAAUCCUCUGCUAAAAUAAACUGGGUGAGAUAAGCACCGCAGGCAUCCCUGGAUGGGUUUUAUACGGACGGUCCCCGCUCUGCCGCGGAGUGUCAGAGUGGAGCGAGGAAGCAUCUCAGCUCCAGUCCCGGAUCGACCACACAACACAACCAUCCAGAGGAUCUCCCACCAACAGACAGACGGACAGGAGACACAGAAAAACAACAACGAUGAUGAUGAUGAUGCAGUCCGGCCAAAAUGACCUGACUAAACAAAGGAUGAUGAAGGCUAAGGCUCUGUCCAGAGAGGCCAAAGGAGGGGGCCUGAACCUGGGGAAGAAGAUCAGUGUUCCCAAGGACGUGAUGAUGGAGGAGCUGAAUCUUCCCUCCAAUCGAGGCUCUCGCAUGUUUCAGGAGAGACAGAAGCGAGUGGAGAGGUUCACCCUGGAGAACACCGGCAACAUGGCUUACAACGCCAAUACUGUCCAUCUCGAUGCCCCUCAAAUCAUCUCAGAGCCUCAAGGAGGGAAAGAAAACAAGGCUUUCACCCUCCCUGGUAAGCACAGCCUGGUCAUGAACCUACAGAAGACUGUAGCAAAGAAGGGCAGUCCCGACGUCAUCGCUCCAGGUUAUACUGGCCCUCUAAAGGACAUCCCUCAUGAGAAGUUCAACACAACAGUGAUCCCCAAAUCCUACUCCUCCCCAUGGAGGGAAGCUUUGGGAACCAAAGAAGAGCUCCUGAACGCCCUCAAUACCCAGCUGCCCCAGCUCCCACAAGGGCUCCAGCCCGCAAACUUCAGAAGCUUCAACAGAUCUGCCAUGCCAUUCGGGGGUGCUAUGGCCAGCAAGAGGGUGACACCGCUCAUCGACUUCGAGGCAAUCGAAUCUCAGAACCUGCCUGGCGUCGCCCUGGACCGCAUGUGCCGACGACCCAACUUCAACAGAGCACCCAGGGGAUGGGGAGGUUAUUACAGCCCAGAAUCUAAUGAACUAUGAAGGACUGAUAAGAGAAAGACUACAAAGUGCUGAUCUAUGCUUGCACCUCUCCCGCUGCGAAAAUGAUCCUCCUGUUAAAUAGUGGGCACUGCAAGAGGACUGCUAUACUGCUCUAGUAAUGUGCCGCUGCUGAGUGGGUUGACCAGCUCAGACCAUCUCUGGAUGCUGGAAUCUGGUAAUUACCACAGUAGAGUCCAGGACAAUGCUGCCACAGGCUUUUCAGUCUGACCUAUUUCUAUUCUUCACCAAAAAGAGUUGUUUCUUCUCUGACUUUUUUUCUCACCCACCCACACAACCCAACACAUACACAUGAUGAUGAAUUAUACACACUACAAAAUUAUUAAUGACAAUUUGGGUCAAUUUAAUAAGUGAAAACAUCAUACAAAGAAAGACCAACAAUAACAGACUUUAUGUUGUGGAAUAUUAAGAUUAUGUCAAAUAAAAAAAGUAAAUGUAACUGGAAAUUUAAAGGUUUAAAAAUGUUCCCCAGAAUUAAAUGUGAUGCUUUAAACAAUGCGACAAAUACAUGUUUAACCUAAAGUAUUCAUUUUUAUAUGUACAACAGCCCUGAACACACCAGUCCUUUAAAAAACCUGAUCACAUUGGUCAGCACUCUUAUGUUUGAAAGCUUUUACAUUGUGAAAUUCCACUGCGUAGAUGCUGCUCUGGUGCUUUUUAACUUUCCAGUUGCUACAGAGUCAUCUGAUAAGACUGGUUGUUGUCAUCCCUCCAGACACAGAUGGUGCUCCUUCAGUUCAUUAACUGUACUGCAGGUGGCAUAAUAAAACAGAUGUUAUCCUCUAAGAAAUAA